GCAGUUCCCGGUGCAGAGGGAAACGGUUUGCCAUUUAACAUAAAAUUUUGAGAUCAUUCAUCUAUACUACAUUUUGGGUCAUUAAAUCUUAGGCUCAAGCUUUUGCAUAUCGACAACGGCACGGAUACAGUCACCCUGCUUCAUCGUCUCGAAGGCGUUGUUGAUCUCGCCGAGAGUCUUGCGGUGGGUGAUGAACUCGUCGACCUUGAGAUCACCCUUCUUGUAGUCGGCGACAAGGUCGUUCAGCUGAGAGCGGCCCUUGACACCACCGAAUGCACAUCCUCGCCACACUCGGCCGGUAACAAGUUGGAAUGCUGUCGAAAGUUAGUAUCUUCGAAUCCCAAUAUGCUAUUAGGAGUGAACUUACGUCGAGUGGAGAUCUCCUGACCAGCGGCAGCAACACCGAUGACAAUGCUCUCACCCCAACCCUUGUGACAAGCCUCGAGGGCAGCACGCAUGACACCAACGUUGCCAGUGCAGUCGAAGGUGUAGUCACAACCACCAUCAGUCAUCUCAAUGAGCUUGUCUUGAAUGGAUUGGUCACCGAGCUCGGUGGGGUUCACGAAGUGAGUAGCACCGAAUUUCUCACCCCAUGCCUUCUUGGAGGGGUUGACAUCAACAACAAUGAUCUUGCCAGCCUUACGGGCGGCGGCACCCUGGACGACUGAAAGACCGACACAUCCGGCACCGAAGACGGCCACGUUGUCACCCUCCUGAACAUUGGCUGUGAUGGUAGCAGCACCAUAUCCAGUGGUGAUACCGCAGCCAAGCAGGCAGGUUCGGUCCAUAGGAGCAUCGUGCUCAAUGGCGACUACGGAGAUGUCGGCGACGACGGUGUACUGAGAGAAGGUGGAGGUGCCCAUGAAGUGAAGCAGAUCCUUGCCCUUGCACUUGAAUCGAGAGGUACCAUCGGGCAUCAGACCCUUACCCUGAGUGGCUCGGAUCUUGCCGCAGAGGUUGGUCUUUCCGGACUUGCAGAACUUGCACUCCUUGCAUUCGGGGGUGCUGUUCGAGAAUACGUUAGCUUUUGCGAGAUUGAUGAAGGUGUGGAAAACGCAUACUAAAGGGCAACGACGUGGUCACCAGGCUUGACGUUGGUGACGCCCUCACCAACGGACUCAACGAUACCAGCACCCUCGUGUCCGAGGACAAUGGGGAAAGCACCCUCAGGGUCCUUACCGGAGAGGGUGUAGGCAUCUAAAAUCAUGUUAACACACUAAUCCUGAGCUGAUUCACACGACUGAAGAGCUACGAGAGCUCGAUGACGUGGGUAGAGCAUACCUGUGUGGCAAACACCAGUGUAGUAGAUCUGGAUACGGACCUCGUUGGCCUUGGGAGGAGCAACUUCAAUGUCCUCAAUGGAGAGAGGCUUACCGGCCUCCCAGGCGACGGCGGCCUUACAGGUGAUGGUCUAGUUAUAGCAUCAGCAACGCGUCUUCUCAUAUGAUGCUUCUCGUUCAGGGCGGGGCACUGGGUAUGAUGAGGGGUAGUAGAGCUUGUGAAAGUCACAUACCUUGCCUACGGUAGACAUGUUUCUGUGUUAUGAGGAUGAAAUUGACUGUCGAUGGAGAAAGAAAGAAGUGUAUGACAAGACAGACAAAACAGUUUGAGGGGUAGAUGAAUCUUCAAGGGGAAUCUGUUUAUGUACGUAGAAACAGUAGGAAAACCGUCCGCACACUCAGAUCCCGAUCACCGAGCAACUCCGGUGGGCAACAACGUACCCCGCAAUUGGAGCUCCAAUCCACAUUCACAUCCACACUGAGAUAGGAAAAGAAUCGCGGCUUCGGGCAUGAGACCAAUGCUCAUUGGGCGUAUGACGCCCAAUUUGACUCUCUUUACGUGAGAGCAUUGUGCGGGGACGUUGGCAGAGUAUGCCAAGGUACUGCGCCACUGGUGUGAAGUGCUGAGAUGGCAUUGGCAGAGAUAACCAGACUGCCCCAAAGACGGAAUACUCUUUCGGCAGAUGAGACCGAUCUGGCCGACGGUUAGGGAGAGAGGCCGCACCAGUGAGUCAGGGCGAGAGCUCUUCGUGGCUUCACGGGGUCGGAAGACCUUCCGUUCGACGCCGUGCCCACUUGACGUGAUCACUUAAAUCAUCGUUGGCAAAAGGUUAAAGCGGUCUUGGUUCCGAGCGCUCGGGAAGAGGAAGAUAAGAGAUUACUGUAUUUCAGAAUUUGGAAAGAAGCAAUUCAGACCCUUCCCAAACUUCAACCAAACAAGCUGGCCCCACCUUCAGUGAAGCUCUCUCUUUACAUUCCGCUUUGGUUAUCACUCAUUGUACCAAGGAAAAUCACAGUUCAAAAUGUGAUCGAGUAUCGGUAUUUGUCUCGAUUUUGGCUUAAUGAUAUCUUCUUGAUUUGCAAGAGCUCAAGUACUGCAGCCUUUGUGGGCACAGAAUUCGACUAAUGUGAAGUCUUACAAGUCCUACAGACAUGCAACAAAGGAGCAGAAAAUUCAACCUUCAAUUGGAAACAAACAUAACUGACCAGCUUUCGCAUUUUGCUGGGAGGAUAAUUAUUGGCUUGGUUGAGUUAUUAGAGAGAGCCGAUGUCAUGUGCAAGGGUCGCGUCGGAUAAACAACGGCUAGCGUUACCCAUCGCGAUAGCUCCAAAAAAUAUCCCAAGCGCGUUCAGCUCAAGCAAACAGGAGCUUGCAACUCAACUUCGCUUUAACAAUUCAUAUCCAUUCCACCACUAAAUACGAUCACCGCAUGCGAAAACAGUGCAAGCCAACGUGAGGGAGCGAAGAAUCCAGCUUAAUUCACGCGCCGAUACGGCAAGCCAAAUCCGAAGGCAGAGGAGUUCUGUCUAGCAUAAUGUCAUCUCGCUUCAUUGUUCCGGACUCUAGUCCUCCAGUAAGCCCAGCGCCAUCGACGCCAGACAAGAGCGGCCGCGGCACAGGUUUUUCGUUUCUUGCCGAUAAUCCCUCAACGACUCCAGCUGGACCACCUCCAUCAUCAGCCGCUUCCUUUACACCCGCGGGUGCCCCGUCUGAUUCGUACAUGGGAAGCUCCUUCAUGCGUGGAAUGACUGAUACAAAGCCUCUGAGCUUUGGCGUAUCCAACAACUCAUCCUCCGGAAGAAAUCUUUUUGGUCGCACAGGCGCCUCGAGCAACCCGCUUGGUCGAUCUAUUAGAGGACGACAGCCUUCAGGAUUGAGCCGCCAGUUCAGCGCGGCGGACGAGGAAGAGGAGGAUCAAGAAGAAGAUCAAGAUGCCGAAGGAGAUGUGGAGCUCCCACCCCCUCGAGGUAAUCUUUUUCGCAUGUCUGCUGCUCCAGACGAACGCCUCGAGGAUGACGAAGUUGACGCCGAGAUCGAACGCUACAUCGACCAAGACAUUGCCGGUGAAGAAGACGAGAGAGAAAGCUAUGGGGAAGACGACCAUGUUUUCGAGCGCGAAGAAUCCGAAGAACCCGAUAUGUUCUUGAACAUGAGACACGACGAUCGACCCUAUGGCCAGCCUAUGAUUGGUGACGAAUCCGACCUCAUGAUGCUCAAUACACCAGCCGCGACAAAACGAGUGCGCCAAGAAGCGGAAAGCAUUUUCAGACAAACAUCAGCCCAUCUUGGCAUGUCAGGGCGCCAGGAGGGUUUCCAUUUUGCAUCGAUCGCCAAAAAUCUUUACAGUCAGCACGAACAUGCACCAGUUGUCGAACCCGCAGACAUGAUCCUCGAAACCGAAGAGCUCGUAUGUAGGUUAUACGAAGAGGGAGUUGGACCUGAGGAAGACGUUGAGAAGAUGGACAAUUCUUUGUCUAACAUCACGUUUCGCCUUACUGAACUAUGGAACAAGACCGUGAAUGGACUGCCACAACCAGAAGGAGAGGAUUUUGCAACCAUAGGUCCUGGUUUCAACAGUGACCCAUUCGAGAAGGCCGCCUAUGUCGCACAACUAAUACUUCGGAUGCACCACACUCGCUUCGGCACUAAUACCGACGAGGAGAAGACACCACCGCUACCCGAAAUCCUGUUCGACUGGAUGCAUAACAAUCAUAACCUGUACCCUGAUCAGGUGCGUGAGGUCAGCCGCCACAUACCAAGCCCUGCAUGCCAUCCUCUAUUCUGGCAGACUGUACGAUGCUCCCUGCUACGAGGAGAUGUUGGCAGCGCAUCCCAUCUACUGAAAGAAGCUGGUUGGCAGAAUGUUCGCCGAGGACCUAGAAGUGAUUAUGCGUACACGGGCAAAGCUCUUGAGAACGUCAGACGUUUUGCCGCUGCCACUAGCGAAGUCCUGGACCAGUGCCCAGGUACAAGAUCAGAAUGGGAUAUCUGGAAUAGUAACUGGACUCUUUUUCGAAUUCAGGCUCGCGGAUCUCUGAACCGAAUGACCCUGUUCGCCGAAGGAAGGGAACAGGAUGUUCAGGAUUUGAUGGACGACGAGUUUGCCCCCCAACAACAAUCACUAUCCACAAUGGCUCGGAAGGCCUCAAGUCAAAUCCCUUGGGAUAUCUACGAAAACUUGCAAACCGUGUAUGGUAUCAUUCUUGGUAACCAUGAGGCUAUCCUGGAAGUCGCCCAGGAUUGGUGUGAAGCAACAAUAGGCCUUUUUGGGUGGUGGGAUGAUGGGAAUCAACGCCACAAGGCUCUGAGACUUUCACAGUCGCAGUUACUGCGGGCAUCAUCUCGCUUCGCUGGCUCCGAAGACUACUUCGAUCGACUGGCAACUGCUUUUCACAUGGUUGUGCAGUCAGAUCUGAACCCUAAUGUUUUGAACCCCGUCGAGGUUGCCGUGGCCUCCGCUUUCGAAGGAAACGUUAACGCCGUGCUGGGAUUCCUGAGGAUAUGGUCAUUGCCACUGGCAUGUACUGUGGCAGAAGUCGCAUCCCUAGGCGAAUGGCUCCCCGCUCCUAACGGCCCCAACCUGUUUCCUACUGACAGUCUGGAUAUGGACGAUCUUGCGCUACUAGGCGUGACUCAACCAGGACCGGAUGAACUGGAUGGUAUCAAAGACACAACUCUUGUCCUGUACGCUAGGGAAUUGGCAGGUAUAGAGCAACUGUCACCAGAGCGCGAUGGGUGGGAAAUGGCCAUACAGGUGUUAGGCCGAAUGGAUUCGCCUGAGAGGUCAGAGGAGACAGUGGGCGAACUCCUUCGAGAUCUUCUUGCUACGUUAAAUGAGAACUCAGGACGAACCGUGGACAAAAUUUGGACAAUACUGAAUGACCUCGGCAUGAUUAACUACGCAGAGGAAACAGCAGAGACAUUCGCAGAGAUCCUUUCCAAGGAGUCUCAUCGCUACGGCGAGGCUCUCUGGUACUAUGCGCUCUCCCAUCGCUCAGACAAGGUCCGGGAGGUGCUGAAUCUACUAAUGUCUUACUCGCUUGUCCAGUCCACAGUCUACCCCUCAGAGAAGGAUCUAGAUCAGGAUCUCAAGGAUCUAUUACGAAAGCGAACCGAGACCCUUGAGAAACGAGCCAAGCAGGACCUCGAAGCUGCUCAACUGCUUGGCCGAAUGCUCAGCGGUUACGCCACACUACGCAAGUUUUACGAGCUCCGCGAUGCUGAGGACUUGGAGAAUAUUUCGCCUACAAAGGCUCUCAAAUUGAAAAAGCAAGCGGCAUCUGCACUAGUUGCUGUUAUUUCUAGUUCCGACGACAACAUCCGUGGUGGACUUUACGACGAAACGCGGGAUGCAGUAGUCAGCGAGGACUUCCUCCUGGCCCUGCUGGGAGAGGCCACUGUCUUUAUUAAUCAAUCCCCAGCCGUCGUCACACUCCCCCAGAUUGAUGUUCUGCUCAAAGCCAUCGAGGACUUGCAAACAGUGGGGGAUCGAGUGUAUUCGGCGUGCGUCGAUUUCUUCAAUCUUGUAUUGGCAUCUGCCCAGGGACUGAAGGGCUCUACGCCACAAGAUCUAAUGGCCAAAUCAACAGCCUCUCUAGGAGGAAGCUUCAUGAUGACCGGAAGCUCCGUGUUGGUGAAUCAUCUGCACAAGUCGAUCUCGGCAGGAACAAAGGUUAACAGAGGAUGGGACUGGAGGAAGGGUUGGCUUGCAACAAGCAAGGGCGAAGACGUUCUUCGAAAACUUCGAUUAGGAUUGGCAAAGGACCUGGCGACACUAUGGCUGGAAGACGCAGAUGGUGUCGUUGCCUACUAGAAGGCAUGUAUUUGAACAAGAAUGAUUUUUGAUGCUUUGAUAUGUGAGUCCGGACUGGCGAAUGGAAGGCGCCUUUGGUAAUACAAGACAUGAGCGAAAUGUAAUAUAUGCCCCCAUGUUCUCAGAAUGGGAAUCAUAUCCAAACAACGAUUUAUAGCCCCGACUUUUUGAAUACAUACCCGUUCUAUUCCGAGGUUA